AUGUAAUUAAGUGAGUCUAAAGCUAUUCUGUUUAAUAAGUUGUAUGAAAGAGAUGUUUGUAUCAGAUGUAUAUUGAGAAUAUUUAAAAUUACUGAAAUAAGCACAUAUAGAGAUACUCAAUAAUUCAUUCAAUUGUUAUUUGAUGUAGGGAAAAUGAUUGGAAAUGAAAAUGUAAAAAAUAUUAAUAAAUAUAAUAGAAAUUAGUAGAAGAGUAUGAUUUUUUAUUCUAUAAAAGGAAGGCAGCAAUUUAAGAAUGUGAUGUUUAACCUUAAACUUGUCAUUCUUCUUUAAAAGAUUAAUUUAUUAAAAAUCCAUUUCACACCUUUGAUAAAAUUAAUAAAUGUGUAAUAUGUCAUGGAAUAUUACAAUGUUUAGAUGAUUAGAAAUUCAUAGCUUUAUUAGUUGAUGAGAUUCAGCAAAAAUAAUAUUCAUAUGAAGCAUUUAAAUUUUAAGUUAAAACACCAAUAGGUUGUUAGAUCAGAUAAUAAAUAAUAGUAAAUUAAUGUAUUUCAGAAAUUGGUUAGAAUGAUCCAAUAUAUGAAUAUAUUAGUACUCCAAAUUUUGCAACAGACAUUAAGAUUUGUGUAAAGUGGAUAAUGUGUUGUUUAUUAAGUGAAUCAUUGAAAGUGCCUAGUGAUCCAAAUGAUGAUAGAUUUUAGAUUUGUUUAAAUUUUGAGAAUAUUGGAGAUGAUGUAAAAUAAUUUGAAUAAUUUAAAUAAAAAAUUUAAGAAAUCGAUGAUGAAACAUGGGAGGAGAAAAUUACAAAGAAAGUAUGAUUAUAUAAUAAAAAAGUUAAAAAUGAAUGAUCCUUAAUUGAAAGCUGAAACUCAUAAUAGAUUGUUAUAGAAGAAAAAUUAAUAAUCUUAACCUUUUUUACCCACAUAAAAUAAUUUGGAAAAGAUAUGUAAAUUAAACAAGACUUAAAUUUAAUAAUUUAAAAUAGUUAAUGUUAAUUAUGCAGUGAAAUUAGAGGUAACAACUAGUUAUUAGAAUAUAUUUAUAAAAGGUAAUUACAUAAAAUUAGGAAGAUUCAUAAGUUAAACUCCAUGGAUAAUAGAUGGAAAUAGAAUUUAUGAAGAAUCGAUUGAAGAUUUAGUAAGUAGUGAAGCAUGUAAGAUUUUUAAACCUUCAAGUGUAAAAUUUCAUUCUGGAGGUAGAGAAGAUAUUGAUGUAAGAAUGUUAGGAAAUGGACGACCAUUUGCAAUAGAAUUAGUAGAUCCUCAUUAAGGAUUAUAGAAUUAGAGUUAAGAAAUACUAAAUUAAAUAGAAUCUUAGAUUAAUUCAUAACAUAUUGUUAAGGUUACUCCAUUAUCAUUUACUGAUGCAAGUAUUUUUGGAGAUUUAAAGAAUUCUGAAACUAAUAAAGUUAAAGCUUAUUGUUGUGUUGUUGAAUGCAAGAAUGUUGUUAAUGUAGAUUUGAUUUAAUAAGCAAAUUAAAUAAAGGAUUUAAUCAUUAAAUAAAAAACCCCAAUAAGAGUACUUCAUAGAAGAACUCAGAUGAUUAGAGAUAAGAUCAUCCAUUCAUUAUAAAUUAACUAAAUUAACGACAAGUGGCUUUUAGUUUAUGUAUUAAGUAGUGCAGGUACUUAUAUUAAAGAGUUCAUUCAUUCCGAUUUAGAUAGAACCGUUCCUAAUCUAUGUUCAAUAUUAUAAAAUGAAUGUGACAUUUAUUAACUUGAUGUUAUCAAGCUUUAUGAGAAAAUUGAUGAAAAUGUUAUUAUUAACUUUAAAAGUUUAAAUAAUGAAUGCGGUAGUCAUAUUUGA